AUGAUUAUCUACAAGGACGCUUUCACUGGUGAUGAACUCUUUUCUGACAGUGUACCAAUGAAGCUGAUUAACAAUAUUGUGUACAAGCUCAAGGGAACGAUGAGAACAGAUGUAUUCGAUAUUGAUGAUUCAGCCAUUGGUGGCAACAAAUCAGCUGAGGUUCAAGAUGAAGGAGCUGAUGCAGCCUCGAAACAGGGUGUCGAUAUUGUCCUCAAUGGACGACUUGUCGAAUACACAUUAGCCAAGAAGGACUACUUACCGCACAUCAAAGCAUACAUGAAACAAGUGAAAGAGAGGUUAGAGAAGGAGUUGCCAGACCAGGUUGAAGUGUUCACAUCCAAUGCACAGAACUUCAUUAAGGAGGUCCUUGCUGACUACAAAGAAUACCAGCUAUUUUCUGGUGAAUCCAUGCAUCCAGAUGGCAUGCUCGCACUCAUGAAGUGGGAAGAUGAUGUUCCAUACAUGUACUUUUUUAAACAUGGACUUAUUGAAGAGAAAGUCGUAAGUACUCAUUUUCUGAGAUUACAUUAA